AUGGAUAACUAUUUCAACCAACUGGAACAAGUCAACUGGAACAAUGCGAUAAGUCAACCCGCAGAAAACCAAUCAGCAGGAAAUGACCAAGCACCUAAUAUAUCACCAAUUACAGUAAGUUCAGUGAUUGAAGCAAAGGAAGACCCGCCUCAAGGUAAUUAUCCACCUACACCAAUCCUUAAUUGCAAGUUUGAAAAUAUAACACUACCAGGGGAAUUAGGCACACCAGGAAUUUUCGCUACAAAGCCUGAUUCAAACUCUCAAGAAAUAUAA